AUUGCGUGCACAGAACAAAUACUUGUUCAUUUGUGUUUAUGACUGACUUAAAAUGAGUAAAAAACGUAAAAUGCCCAGGUCUGCCCUAGAAGAAGGUGUGUUCCUUUUUCACAACUAAAUAUAUUUGUGUGUAGUGUCUCUAUUUAUCCAGAUGGAGGCAGAAAACUUCUGUUCGUUUUCUUCAGCAUCCUCUCGUUGUCCUACCAACAGCCUGAUGAAUUCAUACACACUCUAAACGAGACCACAGAACCACAACACAGCCUCAUGUUCGCAAAGGAAGAGCAGGUUUUCCUGUGUCAUUACUGAGUUUUAGAGUUUUAGAUAUUAUGCAUUAUUAGAAAUAGCAGUACAGAGAAAGCAAAGGGAAGUGUCGGAGUGGUGGUAAAUAUUCAAACACUGGAUCUUCACUAUGAUGAAGUUUCACAAAUACGCAAUUGUCAUCUUUAGCCUUUUCCUCCCGAUCGAAGGUGUGAACGUCACUGAGAGAUCUGUGCAGGAAGGCGAGACGUUCAUCUUCCAUCUGACAAAUGAGGAAUCUGACAUCAGCUCAGUCGAAUGGAAACAGAUGGACAGAAACAAACUGCUGGCCCUCAUUUCCCUGGACAAUGCUAAUAAAACAUUCAUAUUUUCUAAGGGAAAUAGAGUCCACUUCAUGCAGAAUGGGUCAAUCAUCAUCAGAGAUGUUAAACGGGAAGAUACUGGCAACUACACUUGCAAGAUCAUAUUCAAAAACAACAAAAUUGAGACAUACAUCAUCUCACUGUCUUUGUACUCAGAAAACACAGAACAGAGCCCUACUCGCAGCUCCACAGCCACUAAAUCAGAUGCACAGACUCUUUAUAUAGUGCUGAUUCCAGUUAUUGGAGGUUUGCUGCUGCUUGGCAGUGUGAUAGUCAUCGUUGUAAAAUGCAGAAGAAAACAUUGCAAUCAAGAUCAACACAUUUAUGCCAACACAAGCCACAAGUGCAAAGGAAACCGAAAGACACGUCAAAAAAAGGCCAGAUCUGACCAGAAGCAAUAAGUACAUUAAAUAAUGUUCCAUUAGAUUUCUUUCUGAUUUAAAUGUUCAUAACAUCUAAGCCUUGCAAGAUGUUAAGAGUUGCCACUGCAAGACCAGACCUGAAACAAGAGUAUGUGUGUGUGUGUGCGUGUGUGUGUGUGGUUUUACAGGCGGUUGUUUUUAGGGUCUGUUCCGUCUUGUGCAAUUGCCAGGAAAUUGCUUUACUUGCAUGUGUGCUGGGGAGGGCAGAUGCAGCUCUUUCAAUGUUUUUUUUUUUUUUUUUUUUGUAUCUCCAAAAUUAAACUUGAUACUUUUAGCCUUUUCUUUUCCAAACAUAUUUUAUACAGCAAUAUAACACUUUAGAAUAGAAUAUAUGGAAAAUGAUCCAUGGAGUGAAUUGCGACCUAAUACUUAGAAAACUUUGAGCCCUUAAAUGUUCUUCAGGUGUUCCUCGGAAGAAACACUUAAAGGUUGUAUGCAGAACACCUAUGUACCUAAGAAUCCAAGCACCUUCAGGUGAUCAAAGAACUCACAGAAGAACUCCUCUUUCAAAGUAUGCAAUACAUUUCCUGACAAUGUUUUCUGCAAAAACCUUCAAUUUUCGUUGAACCAUUGAGGAACCCUCUGUUUCUAAUAGUGUAUAUAUACACACAUGUGGUUGUAUAGAAUGUCUCUGCAUACUCUAGCAUUACAGUGCAACAUUAUUUCCCUGUAACUAAGAGACCCAAAACUGUUCCAGCAUGACAAUGCCCCUGUGCACAAAGUGAGUGGCAGUGGUGUAAUAUAAUGAAGUAAAAUGACUUUGUUACAGUACUUAAGUAUUUUUUGAGAGUUUUUGUACUUUACUUGAGUUUUUAUAUUUCUGUCAACUUUUACUUCACUACUUUUUUGAAACAAAUUCUAUACUUUUACUCCGAUACAUUUUCUGUUCGGCAUUUUCGUUACUUACUACAAAAAAAACCUGCGUCCAAAUUUGCAGUAAAGGAAGUUUGUGGUCAGUGAUGACUUUAGGCCAUGUCCACACGGAGCUGGGGAUUUUUAAAAACAGAGAUUUUUCAACUGUUUUUUUUUUUUAUUCUGUCUACACGACCUACGUGUUAAAAAUAUCUUUGUCCACAUGAACACACAAAACGUCCUGUAAAGUGCUGUCAGGAGUCUAGCCAAUCAGAAGCCCUGUUAAGUGCUGUCAGGAGCCUAGCCAAUCAGAAGCCCUGUUAAGUGCUGUCAGGAGCAUGUCUAGCCAAUCAGAAGCCCUGUUAAGUGCUGUCAGGAGCAUGUCUAGCCAAUCAGAAGCCCUGUUAAGUGCUGUCAGGAGCAUGUCUAGCCAAUCAGAAGCCCUGUUAAGUGCUGUCAGGAGCAUGUCUAGCCAAUCAGAAGCCCUGUUAAGUGCUGUCAGGAGCAUGUCUAGCCAAUCAGAAGCCCUGUUAAGUGCUGUCAGGAGCCUAGCCAAUCAGAAGCCCUGUUAAGUGCUGUCAGGAGCCUAGCCAAUCAGAAGCCUAGGCAAAACAUUAUUACCGGUUCCGGUAGUUUAACAACAAUGGUGCGUCGUGUUUAAAGCGAUGCCCUUGACAUGCGAAAAUUUCAUUAUAGAAUGUAGAAGUCCGACCAGGUCUCGUCCAAAACCGCCAUCGCUGUGUCUGUUGUCUGAGUUUUGUAUGCAGCAGCAGUGAGCUUCGUAUUCCAUUCCGGCACUGUGGGAGUAACUGUGCAUGUAUGUACAUGCAUGUAAAAAUCCAGUAAACAACGUUAACACAGUCAGUAGUUUAUGUAAGUCUGCUAUUGCACAAAAUAUCUUCAUAAUCAAAGCUGACGUCAAAUCAACCGGCGCACAAUGACGUCAAUUCAUCAAAAUCUCUGUUCCCCCUGUCCACACAACAACACUGAAAACAGAGAGUUUUGGAAAAUCUUCACUUUGGAAGGAGUUUUCCAAAAGCACCUUUUUCAACGACCUCAAACUGCAUUAGCAUGUGGAUGAAGGGUCAAAACACGGAGAAAAAUCUCCCUUCUUAAAAAUCCCCGGCUACGAGUGGACAUGGUCUUAGUUACAAGCUCACAGGUAUGGAGACACUGAUACUGUACACUUCAUUACAAUACAGUUCUAAAGGCCUCUUCUUUCUUUCAUGCAAGUCUUAUUUUUUUGGUGCUGCACUUAUUGAGAAGUUUAAGCAAAGCAAGUUUAAGUAAAGCAAUAUAGAAUAAAAUUCAUAGUUCUCCAAAUUAUUACAGUCUUGCAUUUUUUUAUUAAUUUACUUCUACUUUCACUUUCCAUACUUGAAUACAUUCAUGAAAAUACUACUUUUGAUACUUAAGUACAGUUUAUUCAGAUACUUUAAGACUUUUAGACAAGUAGAAUUAUAAUGGUUGAUUUUAACUUUUACACCUGUACUUUUACUCAAGUGUGGCUUUUGGGUACUUUAUACAACACUGGUGAGUGGUGGAAACACCAAAAUCUGGUGUGUUACAGUUGAAAUGAAAGAACUCGGGUGUCCUUCACAGAGCCCAGAGCACAUCAGUGUGUCACCUCACUAAUGCUCUUGUAAUUGAAUGAAUACAAAUCCCCACACCGUCACUCCAGCAUAUAAGGGAAAACCUUCCCAGAAGAGAGGAGCUUAUUAUAACAGCAAAGGAGGAAUACAUCUGAAAUGAGCUGCUCAACAAACACAAAUACAUGUGAUGGUCUGGAGUACACAUUCUUUUUGGCCUGAACAGGUGUCAAGUUUGACAUGCAAUAAGUUUUGCUUUGGUGUUUAGCUUGGUGAGUUUGGCCUGGUGUGUAUUAUGUAGAAAAUAAUGUUAGUUGGUACUCUGUAAGAGAAGAUUGCAGCAUCAGAGGUGCGCAUCCAGAUGCUAGAGAUGGUUAGCAACAGUGAGAGCAGUGGUAAAAGUCUCAACACCUUAGGUGGUGCCCCAACUCCAGCAUUAGAGCCCUCACAGUGGGGCGAAUUGGUAAUAACUCAGCAGCAAGGUUGCAAGGCUAAAGUUAACAUUAAGGCUCAUCCACAUGAACACCACUCAUCUCCGUUUCACAUGUCCAACAGGUUUGCUCUCCUAAGUGAAGCACCUGCUGAGAAACCUGAAAGAGCUCUGGUUAUAGAAGACUCUCUCUUAAGGCAUGUGAAAUUAGCUAGGCCUUUAGGGGCUCUAGUAGCACUGGUUAGAUGUAUACCGAGAGCCAGGGUGCCAGACAUAGCAGGCAAUCUUAGGGUUUUCGGAAAGCACUGGUUCUCAAAGGUAGUUUAUCCUGUAGAAGCUAAUGUAAUACAUCUUAGUCGGUCAAGAAUAAUAUUGUAGAAGUGUGUAAAUUAGCGAAGGCAAUGUCCAGUGCUGUAAUAUGCUGCACUGUGUGGUGUGGCGAUGUAGCGUAUAGUGCUAUGGUUGCUGAACUGCUGGAUUUCCAGGUGUUCCUCCAGAAACAAUGUGUGCUUCAUAUACAAAUGGAACAAUUGGUUUUUAGGAAAAGGCUGGCCUCUUAAGGCAAGUUUUUUUUAAUUUUUUUUAUAAUCGUGUUGUUUCUCUCAACAAAACAUUAAUUGUUGGAGACUUUAACAUUUAUUUGAAUAAGUCAGAAGAUCCACUGAGAACUGUGUCCAUCCAUCCAUAAGGGAGGUCACACUCUUGAUCUCAUGCCAUUAUUUUGUCUAUGCACUUUACCACAUUGCCAUGUUGAACAUACAUUUAUGCCUGCUAUUACUGAGCAGUUCAUCAACAGUCUCCCAGGAUUAUUAUCCAUGACCGGAUCACCAUCUGACCCCACAGAACUUGACCAGGUGACUGAUUACUUAGAGUCAAUGUUUUGCUACACCUUAGAUAUUGUAGCUUCACUUAGGAAAAAAAAAUAGUUAUGGAGAAGAAAAUAGCACUCUGCUAUAAAAAAAAAAUACAUAUCUAAAAGUAUAACACCAGAAAAUUACAGUAUAUAUAGAGUCAAACCAAAUUGGCACUAUUUCAAGUAGCGUAGAGGGAAAGCCUCUUGAGCCUCAGAACUGUUUUCGGCGAUUUAUGCAGAUUUUCUUUAAAGAAAUUCUCAUUUUUGGAGAUAUAAACAUAAAAUUUGGUGGUCUUAUGUAUUUUUCUAUGCUCUUUCCAUUUCUGCUAUUAUUUGUAAUGUAUUACUGAAUGUAAUUAAGCUAUACCUACAUAAUGGAUGCUGAAUGAAAUACCC